AUGCUCGUACAGGAGCUUCUCGUCCUGGCCGCAGCUUGGCAAACCUCCUCCGCCGCCCUCGUAGGGCAUCGCCUACAAUCCCGGGACGGCUUUCAAGUCGACCGUUAUGCAGCUCUCGGAGACUCCUUCGCUGCGGGUCCAGGUGCUGGUCCUGAAUACGACCAUGGUAGAGAAACUUGGUGCCAUCGCCACGAAGGCUCUUGGACUCGCCAGGUCGCCGCGGAUGACAUAUUGCGCAAGGGCAGGGACACCAUCGACGCAUUCGGUUUCAUUGCUUGCACAGGAGCCUUGACCAAGCACGUCUUCAAAGAACCACAGUCUGAAGACCUAAACGAUGGAGGCGACCCCAUCCCGACCCCACUUCCGCAAGCCCAGCGCAUCAACGGCUUCUAUCCACAGCUUGUUACAUUGUCGAUCGGUGGAAAUGACGUCGGGUUCAGCUACCUGCUUGAUCAACCUGAAAGUGGCAGGAUAACAUAUGUUGAUACAGACCUGUACUUCGAAGGGCACCGUUUCUGCGAGGAAGGUGUCAAAGAGCCGAGCUAUCGAAAUAAGGACAUUUGGUUCUUUCCUUGCGAAUUCUACACCAACGUUGAGAAAAACUUCACUGUCAGCGAUACCACACCCUCCGGCGACUGCCAAGCCAUCCUGGAUAGUGGUGGAGGAUCUGGAAACUAUUUCACAUGUUUAAUCGCAAACGAGGCCCACAACGGAACAUCAAUUGACCUCAUGGACCUUCCUAACAACGUCGCAACCGAUGAUCCAAACGAGCCCGAUGCGGCAUCGCUCUGGCUGUGGCUCUUCCGAACUUUCCACCCUACCGUUCAAGGCCACGAGGCCUACAAGAAUGCAUUCUUUGCUGCGUACCAAGGUCUCGAGGGCACUGCAACACCUACCUCCGAGCUGUCCUGCAAUGACCUGGAAAACAAGUACGUUGCGAAAGACGCGCUCCUCGAUCUUAUCGACAACACCUACUGUCCCAAGCUAGAAGGCGCUACUGGCUCUAUCGGCACAGGGCAUUAUUUCCCAAGUACCCCCGAGGCAGUCGAAAUUGGCGUCACCAGCAGACUCACCGCGGGGCCUGUACCUACCGUGGAGGAAUGUAAGACAAAUCUUCACAAGGUCUUAGACGAGUGCAACAACGACCGAUGGAAAAACCCAGUGGGCUGGAAGGCCGGUGGAGAGUUCGAGAUCAACGGCUGGAGAUUCACCAUUACACCCACGGGCCAGCGGUCUUCCACACCGAAAGCAUGGUGUAAGAUUGAGAAUUGUCAAAACAAAGAGAAGUGCACCGCAUCUAUCUGGGGGGCGGGAUGGCUCAGGAACGACUAUGGCGAAAAGCUGCGCAGCGCCUUCGCAGCCCAACAAGCCGUGUACAGCGAAUUGAGAUACGAAAAUUCCCUGGGCGACAGCAAAGGUAUCGAUAUGAGCCAAUGGAAUUUCAAGUACGAAGCUUUGGAUGGGCACGAGUGGCAUGCGAGUCUCUUCUUGGAUCUGGGUCUUCGCUUGCCAUACAAGCAAACCGUCACGGAUGCUUUGCGAUCUGCCGCUGGUGACGGUCUUGAGAUCGGUAAUGGCGGCGAUUGCGAGUCAGAGGUUGACUACUAA